AUGGAGCAUCUUUUCCCAACGCAACUCCCCACGGAGCAUAUUCCCGCCAUUUCAAACCGCCUCGGCAGCACCCACGUACUUGGUCAGGGACCCUCCGGCCAGGCACUUCCCACGACUCUGCCGAGUCCCGAUGUCUCCAACGAUACCGAAGCUCCUCGCGGCAGAAUGUUCGUCGAAAAAGACUCUGACUGUGUCACUUUGGUCGAGGGGAGCGUUCACCUUCUAGGAUACAGUCAUGAGAUCCUACGACCCGAUCCUGAGAGCCCACCACCGGAUCAUGAGAGCCUACCGCUGCUGAAGACGUACGUCCAAAAUGGCUCUUGCGAUCUAGCAAGAAAUCUUCUCUUACUAACAGGGGCCGACCCCGCGACCACUUACAUCGGCGAUGAGACUCUGCUUGAAGUGGCCAUCAAAAGGUGCGAUCAUGAAAUGGUCUCUGUCUUGCUCUCCGCCGGGAAGUUCAAGGCGAACGUCAUCUUGAUGCCAUCCGAACUUACGCACUUUGGCUUGGCUUGCAAAAUCUCUAACCUGAAAGUUGUCCGGCUGCUACACGAUGACAACCGCGUGAACGUCAACACAUACUGUCUUAAGAGGCUUUUGCCGCUCUUCCAGGCUCUCGAGCGCGAGGAUCGCAACCUUGACGUUCAAUCGUUCCUCUUCCGCUCGAAAAAGGUCCGAAAGGCCAAGAAGAGGGGCUUCCGCUGGGCCAUUGGGCACUCGAACCCUCACGCGGCCGUGGCAGUCGUCAACGCGGCCGUGGCAGUCGUCAACGCGACCGCGGAGGACGACGACAGACCGUCCUCACAGCGGUGGAGAACGGCCGCCGAGGACAACGACAAGCAGUACUCAAGGAGGUGGAUAACAGAGGCCGAGCAAAAAGGGUGGUAUCCUGUUGCAGGAUUGAUCCGCAAGAGCCUGAAUGAUGAUUAUCGGUCAGACUCCGCGUGUCCUGCUUUUUUGGACGAAUUCUACCGCUUGAUGUGGAGGGCGUUGCCAUGGCUUCCGGAUUUUUCUGCGGCAGCCACCAGACAUGAUCAGGACGGCACGGCCCGCGAUCAUGCUCAACAUUGUGAUGAGACUCUUUACUUGAUGCUAAAUUCCAAGACAAACUACGAAAAUAAUAUCAAUCACGUUGAACUCACUUUGCAACUUGUGAAAGCUUGCACCGACGACAUGCCGCACAACCUGCAACAUGCUGCAAAGUUGGACGGUUAUUUUCGUGUACGCGUCUCGGCCCUCCUCAGCGACCCCCGGGUCGACCCCGACCUCGCAGGGCCGAACCUUCGCUCGCCCGUCUUCUACGCCAUCAUGUUGGGGCACUGGGUUAUCUUCGGCAGGCUGAUCAAACGAGCCACGUACGACGCGCAAUUUGCAUUGAAGCAGGCGUGCGUCCAGGGUCAGCCCCUCUGGGCGGGGUUGCUCGCGUACAGGACCACGUUUGACGAGGCCAGGCUGAGAUACUGGUCCGUCUCGUCGAACGGAGAAGACAAGAUCGGCGAGCGCAGCUUCGGCGGUAGACUUACCGCCUUGACGCACACGUCUCCUCUCCUGGUCGCAGAAGAGUACCGCAAUCGGAAAAUAGUCGAGGCCUUGGUAAAAGCCGGCGCUGACAUCGACUUGGCGCCGUGUGAAGGAUUUCCGCCCAUCAUGGCGGCGUUGAUGUGGGGUAACCAGGAGAUGAUUGAGUUUCUGAUGGAAAAAGGUGUCAAGCUCAACGUUUCCACGUUCGGCAACACCAGGGUCGGCCCUCUCGCGCUUGCUGCCUGCGGCUUGCGCAUUGAUGACAAAGAGAGGCUUGCAAUUGUGGAAAUGCUGCUUGCCGCUGUUCCUGAUGCCGACGAAAAAGGCUACACCAGCGUGUCCGCUCUCUUCGUGACAGUAGAGGAUGGGUGA